AUGUCUCGUCGCCUGUCCAUAAUCAACUCCGCCUCACGUGUAGAUCGUAGGAGACUCCCACCCAUGCGUAGUAGUCAGCCAAAUGUUCGUCGACUGCGGACAUGUACGUCCUUCGAAUGGAUUUACAACACAGAAAGUGAUUUAUGUUCUACAAAUGAGUCGAGGCGUCUCGUACUUAGAGUUGGUCAAUCUGUUGCAAUCUUCCCAGACGACGCGAGGGCUGUGCCUAAAGCAGAUGGCAGCCUUCCCAUUAUGUCGUAUUGGUAUGGAAAGGUCGCAAAAAUAUAUUUGAAACGACAAGGACAGACACACGAUGUCUGGCUAGACAUUAGAUGGUAUUAUCGACGUAUCGACCUUGAGGAUGCUGGAGUAGAUUUAUCAGAAUCAAUGGGCGAAUAUGAAUUGGCGCUCAGCGACCAUUGUUCGUUAGUCGACAUGGCAUGUGUUGAAGACAAUGCCAUGAUUGUUGGUUACGACGAAGGCGACCUUGCACAACGUCAAAUACAACCUGAUACUCCAUACCAUCGAUGGAAUAUCGACAUCGAAUUUGUGAAGGACGGAAACGAUGUCAGCCUGCACAGUGUGCACCUAAAUGUGAGGCGAUUGAUUUUUGAACGUUCGCCGGUGAAUAUUCAGAUAAAUUUCCGCUCUACAGAAUCCACAGCGAGCAUCGCAGUGUCGCUGCAAUAA